GUUAAAUGUUUAUUUAGAAUUAGUCGAAGUUGAGCUAAGUCUUUGAAAAGCGGUGCGAUUUAUUUAUAGUAUUGUUGUUUUUGUAAGGAUGCGUUCUUCUAAACUUUGUGAAAUCGUGCUAGAAGCCACCUGCGCUGUUAUUUUGAUAUCCUGUAGUGCAGCGAAGCUUCCCGAUGACAUCAAACCAUGUGUUGCAGGGGAUGAUAAAUGUAUUAUUGAGAAUAUAAACACUGUACUCGCUAAAAAAUAUGAAGGCGAUGAAAGUUUCGGCUUAUCUAAGCUAGAACCUUUCAAAAUGGAUGAUAUUAUCAUCAGUCAAGAUUCGACGAGACCUUUAGCAAUUCAUCUCGCGCUGCGUAACCCCCUCGGGUAUGGCGUCAAGGACUUGACAGCAAGAAAAGUGAAGGGUUUCGGCAAAAAUCCAGACGGCCGUCACGAAAUUAUAAUAGCGGCACCUGCCCUAACACUGUUAUCCGAUUACAAAAUUGAUGGUAAAGUUCUAAUACUGCCCAUACAAGGCGAGGGCAAAAGCAAUAUCACAUUGGUGCAACCUGUGAUACGAAUCCGCAUAGAUGCAACAUCACGCAAUGAGAAUGGCAACACAUUUAUGGAUAUUAAGGAAUUUCGCAUUGAAUGCAAAGUUAAACGCAUGAUAAUGCAAUUCGAUAACCUUUUUAACGGUGACAAAGCCCUGGGUGACAACAUCAAUAGUUUUUUGAACGAAAAUUGGCAGGAGAUUUAUGCUGAGCUGAAAGUACCCUUUUAUGAUGCGAUCGCCAAUGCAAUGAAUGUGGCUGCAAAGCAAGUCUUCAAAACGAUUCCUUAUAAUGAAAUAUUUCAAAUAUAAAAUACUAGUACGCUGAGUCAAGUUGUUUUGCAUUAGAUAUGUAUACUAUAUGUUUCUGUGUAAUUUGUUUUUGUUUGUAAAUUAUGAWGAGCCAAUCAAUAAUAUUGACAGUUGAGCAAUUAUA